AAGAUAACGAACUUCAGGACAAUGGAGUAAGGAGUUGACGUCAGGCUCAGGACCGGGCGCAUUAUCUUACACGCAAUGAUUAUUUUGAACAAGUAUUCGUUUUCGUUGAGAAUCUUUCAUCUUCCUCAGAAGUGAUGGCGCCUUUUUCGUCCUCAUCUGAGUGCCCUUGCUUCAUCUCUUAUUUCGAGGAAGUCUCGUGGAUCAGCGAGGAUGGUGCUAUUAAAAUACCUCGUCACUCCAGCAAUGGCACACGACUACUUUCCAACAGAUACAGGAGACGGCCACGUCGCUCUUUUCUUUCUCUAUCAGCAACCGCUCUCAGCCUAGUUGCGAAUCCAACGUCUCAGUCGCUAGUAAGAGACGUCCUUGCCGGUGACGUGAUCGACUCUUGCCGAGAGAGCAUCAAUAAUUUCUACUUUUUAAGCACCGAAGAUUGAUAGUUGGAAGUAGAAGACACUUGCUUCAUACUCCCAGGCACUGCUAUGUACAGCGUCUUCCUGGCUUGGUUUCCUUUCAUCUAGGAUUCUCUAAUCUUUGGCCUUUACGAAGACGAGAUCGAUGGAGUACCAGUCCUCACAAAGGCUGAUCCGGAUACGAACGAUACAGUGCAACUGGAAUGGGCUAAGUAUGCUCAAUGCAUUCGCUACGUCAGAAGGGAUCCCUUCAUUAUGGCAACUAAGGGUAACGGUUAGAGUUAGACAAAAAGCAAAAAACGCUGUCCAUCUCAGGAGAACCACGAUUUUUUCUGAGUCUGCUAGCCUAGGAACGCGGAGUACUACUUAGAAGGGAGGGGCGUCAUCAACAGUUUCUGUGAUCUAUAUGCGAACCGUAUCGUCGUGCCCGCCGUAGAGGUUAAUAGUCAAAGACAACACCCAAACUAAAUCCAAUCCUCUAAUCCCUCCGCUCGCGAGUAUCUCGAGAGCACCCCACCAGGGUACUCCGUUGCCCUAGGUCGCCAACAUCCGGUGUUGCUGACGCCGGCUAAGCCUGAUUUGAGCAGAUAUUUUCUGAUCCCGGCGUUGGAUUUUGUGGUGGGUGGCUUCGUCAAGCACAGUGGCGUCUACGACGUCACGGAGGAGCACGUCUUGCGCACACUGGUCAGAGAAAACGACUGCGUCAUCGAAGUCGGCAGCAAUAUUGGGAGUUACAUUAGGCUGGAGGGAGAGUUCCCUUUGCUUUCGCUGUUGUUUUGAUAGAUGAGAUUGGCCAGCGAAGAUAUUCAGUCAACAAUUACCAAUCCCUAAGUUUGCUGCAUUGAAAAGACGUCACAUAAUGUUGUUACUCAUUAAAUAUCCAAUCCCGAUCUCAAAAAUUGUUACUUCUAGUGCUAGACCCAAGAUCCUAUUCUAAUCUUGCAGUAGUACUUGCAGAUGAAGUAGGAGUGAAUGGAAGGGUGUACGCCUACGAGCCCUUUCGGAAGAUAUUUCACAUCAUGAACGCAAAUCUGGCUUUACAAGGCUUCGGAAACGUGGUAACACGACAGGUGGGCAUGUCAAAUGUGACGAUGUUAUGAGCAAAUUUGUGAUCAUCUGAUUUAUAAAACAUUGAAAAUCAUCGACAUGAACAAUAAUCAUGGUUCUGAGGAGUUUCACAUAUAAGUAGCUAGUCAAUGUCAAGUGCAUGAGGAUGACUAGUUUUUGACUCGCCUUAUUGUUCACGUUCUACUGUCUAAUUUUUCUCAAACACAAGCUUCCUACCGGAUUCCCUCAAAUAACAAGUCCCCACCCACCCACUCCCUGCUUCCCACACCAAAGGAAGCAAGAAAACCAAACCAAAUCCCAUCGUCCUCCGUUCACUUUCCUUCCAGAGCGUGAACGCCUCAUAUCUGAACCCUUUCCCCUUUCAUACUUCUUCAAGAGUGUGAACGCACCCGAUCUGAACGACUAUAUCAAUCUUGGCGCAGCAAGAGUGUUUCACCAGCAGAAGCCCGAGAUCGCGCACGUUCAUUUUGAUGGCAUGGAAGAAAUCGAAGUGGAGACUUUAGACAACCUUUUCCAACGUGGAAACAUAAAAUGCGAUUUGACUGUGGUCAAGAUUUAUGAUUCUACCUGCUCUACUUGGAUAGAAGAAGAUUAAGAUUUACUUUCACAACAUGAUGAGGGAAAAAUAGAAAUCCUCGAAUAGAAUUUAGAAUGGAUACAACCCGAUCACCGACAUGACCAAACCGCUUUUUUAGGGUGUUAGAUUGCAAAGACUACUUGGCCAAUUGGCGACCACUGCUAGCUCCAGGAGGCUCGUUGAUCUUUAUUUCUCUCCCUUCCUUUCAUACUCCCGACACGGAGGGCAUGGAACUUGAAGUGGUGCAGGGUGGCUUGAAAUUACUCGAGACGUAUUCGCCCAUUAUCUACGUCGAAUCUCAGCCGUACUUCGCAGACGGUGACAAACGAUUCGUUAACUUCAUGGAAGAGUUAUGGAGAUAAUCAUGUAAACAGCUAUUAGUUGUAGUCUAGCACUAUUAAUUUAUUAGUUGUGUUACUAGCACUAUUAGAUAAUCAUGUAAACAGCUAUCAGUUGUAGUCUAGCACUAGCGCUAGCACUAGCAGGCAUACAUCCUUGAGUCAACAACUAGCACAACACCAAGUCAAAGCAAGGUUGAAACAGAAUCUUCCACUUCCACUACCAUCCAAUCCAAAAAAAAAACAUGAAAUAGACGCGAAGAGUUCUUUUCUAAAGCCAGAAGCCUCAUACACCUGCCGACCGGUGCAGAACCUAGAGAUGCAUGAGAUUUUGUUGUGUAUUCCUCAUGCGCGCGCAGACUACUGGAACCACAGACUCGCGGAUGACUUCAGAAACGGCUAAACAAGAAGAGGCAAACUGCGGAUGACUUCAGAAACGGCUAAAGAAGGGAAAUAGUAGAGGCAGAUAGUUGUUGUUCAGUGACCAGGAAGUUUUUACAUGGUGAACAAGAUUAGGAAGGUGGGAAGAAGUGGAUAUAUUAUUCGGUAGAUAGGAUUUGUUCUUGAUGAAGGGUUAGCAACCUGUGUUGUAGUCACAUGUUUUUAAGCGACGACAAAGAGAAAGAUCAGACUUCUUGAGAAUAAAGGUAUCGAAAGAUGAACGAAGUAACUGAAGGUUUGGGCUUCAUGAACUCAACAUGAGAUAAUUGAAGAGCCCAAGCCAUUGACGACAUCAACAUCAUGAGACAUUCCCUUGUGAUACAGCUACGCAUUGUUCCAUCA